UUCUUUCCCAGCUGUUUGGUGAUGGGAAAACAAGCCUCCAAUUACUGCAUUUUAGUUUACAGUUGACUGAUUUUUGCAUGAUAGACAUAAAUAGCCUUGUUAUUUGUGGGGCUAUAAAAAUUUAUUGUUUUGAUUCUCUUUAACAAAGACAGCAAGAGGGAACAAAGAAAAGAUAAGUGAAAGAAGACGGAUAAACAUACUUCAAUAGCGUACAAGAUAUAUAGCCUUCACUUGGAAGCAGAAUCAGCCACUAUAGCCUUUACUUAGAGACAAGAGAUUCUAAGAAAAGAAAACCUGAGAAUGUCUUGGUUCCUUGUAACACUAUUUCUCAGUCUCACAUUUGGUACAACUCAUUCUGAGACUAGUCACCACAAGAAACUUCCCUCUGCUGUUGUGGUUGGCACUGUUUACUGUGAUACAUGCUUCCAACAGGAUUUCUCCAUGGGAAACCACUUCAUUUCAGGGGCAUCAGUUGCUGUAGAAUGCAAAGAUGGAUAUGGGAGGUCAAAGCCAAGGUUUAGGAAAGAAGUGAAGACAGAUGAGCAUGGGGAGUUCAAAGUGCAGUUGCCCUUCUCAGUGAGCAAACAUGUGAAAAGAAUAAAAGGAUGCACUGUGAAAUUAAUAAAUAGCAGUGAGCCUUAUUGUGCUGUGGCCUCAGCAGCUACUUCUUCCUCACUGCGCCUCAAGUCCAGAAAGCAAGGACAACACAUAUUCUCAGCUGGCUUUUUCUCAUUCAAGCCUCUUAGACAGCCAAAUCUCUGCAACCAAAAACCAAGCAUUCAAAACAUCAAGGGCCUUGAUUAUGUGAAACACAUAUUUCCUCCAAAAAUAGAUCCAUCGUUUCCUCCUCCACUUCAGGAUCCAAAAACACCAGGUGGUCUUCUUCCUCCCAUUCCUGGAUUACCCGACCUCCCACCAUUGUUGCCUCCACUCCCUCUUUUGCCACCCCUUUCAGGAAUAUUGUCACCACUAGUCCCUGCAGGAAUCACUAAUGAGUUCCCAAAUGUUCAGCCUUCAGAUCAGAAACUAGUUGACCCUAAUAACCUCAUAUUUCCUCCUAACCCAUUUCAACCAACACCCUCAGUCCCCAACCCUCUUCAGCAACCUCCUCUAAUUCCUAACCCAUUAGAGCCAUCAGGCCCAUCACCACUUGUUCCUAACCCAUUCCAGCCUCCCUCAUCAGCAACAUCACCACCACUGUUUCCAUUCCCAACAGUGCCAGGUUUAACUCCAUCUCCACCAUCACUAGCUCUUCCCAUUCCUUUUCCUCCAUUAUUCCCUCCACCUAGCAGCCCUGGCACACCCUCUGCUUCCUCUGCAAAGAAUGCUUCUCCUUAACUAAAUAGUAGCUAUCCAUGCAAUUCUGUAAUAACUCCUUCCACGUGAUGAACUUACUUUCUUUAUGGAAAUUGUAAUAUGGUUCUGACAUGAAUAGGAAAAUUAACACGGGGAUCGAUGUGCAUCUAUAUAGUGGCUACUGCUCAAAAAAAUUAUACAUGAAUCAUGUAUUAUUACUUAUUAGUAAUAAAUUUAAAGAUGUGUUUAUUAAUUGUGUUAA